AUUAGAGGGAGUAUUUCAAAUUGCUUCCAUUUUUUUCCUUCCGCGAAUAAAAUUGCUACCAAAUUUAUUGAUGGGUCAAUUGGCUAUGAAUUCUUUUUGGGUAUAUGUUAGCUAUGGAUUAACUACAAUAUCUUUUACUAAUUUAUUUUACUUUUUUAUCCUCCUUCUCCGAUCAAGAAGCUUUCGAGUCUCCGUUCGGUCUCGUCUUUCUCCGUCUCCGAUAUCUCUUCCAUAAUCUUUCCGUCCUCCAUCGAUCUUGGAAGCGCAGCACAAUAAGCUAUACUGAAGUUUCUAUCAUCCGACAGAAGAUAAGUCCAAGUCGCUUCUAGAUAUCAUAACAUGGCAAUCCGUGGUAAAAGAACUAAACGUGCUCAAGGGAGAGGCCGCAGUGAUCCACCACAACCUUCCAAUUCCUUAGGUGUCAAGAAUGACAAGAACAGAAUUCAAAAGAAAGAACCGGUAAAAGGGUUUGUUGCAUUGAGUAAUAAGCAGAAAUCCGCUCCUUUUAAUUCUGAACAGAAUGAUGAAGACAACGGUUACAAUGAUGGUGAAGACGGAGAGAUGCAACUCAUUAUGGAGGAAAUUUAUCAACAACAAUUACUCAAGCAGCAGGCAGCUGAUGCAAAUAAUGCGAAAAAAUGUAUUGAAGCUACUUUUGGACUUUCCAACAAUGUGAGGCCAUCAAGUGGAGGAUCACAUGUAGAAACUGAUAGGCAAAAAGUUAUAUCUGUAGAGAGCAUCUCUAACUCAGGUAAACGAAUUACUCGUGGUCGAGGGAGAGGUCGUAGUGAUCUACUAGAUCCUUCUCAAUAUUGCAUUGAUCCACCACCACAACCGGUACAUACUUCGGUUUCCCCAGGUGUCAAGAAUGGCAAGAAUAUAACUCAAAAGAAAGGCCGGGGUAAGGGGGUCAAUACAUUAAAUAAUAAGCUGAAAUCUACUGCUUUUAAUCCUGAAAAGAAUGAUGAACACUGUGACAAUAAUGAUGGUGAAGAUGAAGAAUUGCAACACAUUAUAGAGAAAAUUUGCCAAUCACAAUCACACAAGCAGCAAGUAACUGAUGCAAAUAAUGUGGAAAAUUAUAUUGGAUCCAGUUUUGGACUUUCCAACAAUGCGAGGUCACCAAGCGCGGGAUAUAAUGUAGAAACUGAUACAAGAACAGUUAAAUCUGUAGAGGGCAUCUCUAACCCAGGUAGAGGAGUUAGACGUGGUCCAGGGAAAGAUUAUAGGGAUCCUCAAAGGCCUUCUCAAUCGUGCAUUGACUCACCACCCCAACCAGCACAUACUUCGGUUAUUCCAGGUGUCAAAAAGGACAUGAAUAGAAUUCAAAAGAAAGGGCGGGGUAAGAAGGUUAAUACAAUAAGUAAAAAGCAAAAAUCUAUUGCUUUUAAUUCUGAACAAAAUGAUGAACAUGACGACAAUAAUGAUGGGGAAGAUGAAGAUUUGGAACCCGCCCCAGAGAAAAGUAUUCAACCACGAGUACACAAGCAGCAAGCAACUAAUGCGAAUGAUGUGGCAUUCAGAGGUAGAGGAAUUAGCCGUUGUCAGGGGAGGGGUUGUAGUGAUCUGCCUGGGCCUUCUCAAUCGUGCAUUAAUCCUCUACCAGCAGCAGCAGCACAUAAUUCAGUUUUCCCAGGCUUCCAGAAUGUCUAUAACAGAGUUCAAAGGAAAGGACUGGUUAAGGGUGUUGAUGCAUUAAACAAUAGGCAGAAAGCUUCUGCUCUUAGUUCUCAACAUAAUGAUGAAUACUAUGAUGAUAGUGAUGGUGAAGAUGUCGAGAUGCAACUCAUCAUGGAGAAAAUUUAUCAACGACAAUUACUCAAGCACCAAGCAGCUAUUGCAAAUAAUGUGAAAAACUCUAUUGGAGCCAGUUUUGGACUUUCCAACGAUGUGAGACCUUCAAGUGGAAGAUCCCAUAUAGAAGCUGAUAGGAGAAAGGUCGUGUCUGUAGAGGGCAUCUCUAACCCAGGUAGAAGAACUAAACGUGGUCGAGGGAUAGGUAGCAGCGAUCCACCGGGGCCUUCUCAAUCGUACAUUGAUCCAUCACCACCACCAGCAACACAUAAUUUGGUUUCCCUAGGUAUGAGGAAUGACAUGAACAAAAUGCAAAAGAAAGGACUGGUUAAGGUGCUUGAUGCAUUAAACAAUAAGCAGAAAUUUACUGCUGUUAGUUCCGAAGAGAAUGAUGAAUAUUCUGACUAUGAUGAUGGUGAAGAUGAAGAGAUGCAGCUCAUGGGGGAGAAAUUUAUUGAACAACCACUCAGACAACAAGUAGCUGACACAAAUAAUGUGAAACAAUAUAAUGGAGGCAAUUCCGGAGUCUCCAACCAUGGGAGCAUCGGCAGUGCUUCUUCAGAUUCUGUCCCACACUCUACUGAUCCACCAGCUAAAGACCCAACUUCAGUCUCGUUGAGAAGAUCUCGUGUAGAAAUUGAUAGAAGAAAAGUUAUAUCUAUCGAGGACAACCCAAACCCGAGGAGGUUUGUUCCCCAAAGUGUUACCCGUGAUAUUAUAUCUACCGUGAUCGCACGGAUGCCUAUUCCAGCUGCAAAGUGGAGAGAAUAUCCAAUUGAAAUGAAGGAUGAGUUAUUUAUGGACUUCAUGGGUAAAUAUAUGUUUGCAUCAGAUUCUGAACGCAGUAUUGCAAGAAUGGUGUGGGAAAGAACAUGCCUGGACCGCUAUCCUGAUCAUUUAAAAAAUGCAAGAAGAGUGGCCUUACGGCAUGUGAACUCAAAAUACUUGGUCGAUACGAAGGGCCAUGGGCCCAAAGGGCUGAAGCCAGAAGUAUGGGAUGGUUUAGUCGAUAUUUGGUUGAAACCAGAGUGGACGAAGAGGUCUGAUGCUAAUCGAUGUAAUAGAGCUUCCAAACCUGAUUCAGUAUUGCACACAGGAGGCUCUAUAAGCUUUACUGAACAUAAGAAGAGGCUGGAGGAAGAGUUGAAGCAAGGAGUUUCAUAUAGAGAUGUUUACGCCCAUGUUCAUAAAAGGAAAGAUGGUGAAUAUGUCUCUCGGCGUUCAGAGAAAUUUAUUGAGUUAUAUGACACCAUAAUGUUGGAAAAGUAUGGAGAAGACUCUUCCAAUCAUCCAGUGUUUGAUUCGAAAGUUUGGGCAGAGGUGUCAGGUAUGAAUAAAAAGAAGAGGCGAGCUUAUGAAGGUCGUAGCUUCGAUGUUGACACUCCUGGACCUAUGCCUAUCUCAUAUCCACAUGACAUUGGUCCCUCGCGCACUGCAGCUCCAACACCAACUGAAGAAUAUAUUAAGGAGGCUGUAAAUACAGCGAUGGCUUCUUUUGUGCAAACACAAUUGGCACCUAUGUUGCAGCCCAUCCUAUCUAUGAUCGGCGGCUCCAUACGACAAGCAUUAUCGCAAGGUAGAGUAGUUGACAGAGAUACUGAGGAUGAAUGAUAAUGAUUUUAUGGUUGGGGUAGAUACAUUAUGAUCGGUUCCUCCUGUUUUGUGGCCGCCGCAAUUUUGGUUGACUGGUUUGGGAAGAACAAUCAACUGCUUCUACAGGGACUGUGGACAUUGAUUGUCUGUGUUGUUAGUUUAAGGCUGAUACAUUGAUUACUCAUGUAUUUUACAUAUAAAUUUAUUAGCAGCUACCAAAUUUAUCUAUUAUUUAUAUGCAUGUGUGAAAUGCAAGAGUUGCACUCGAUUCAUUUUGACAA